AUGCGAGCUGCGGAGGAGGAAAACGCAGCCGUCGGAAAACGAUGCUACCCAACUGUUGACCCGGGAGCCACACCCCUCGUCGAUGAGGUGCGCGCACAGAGGAGAUGUACAUCUCAUGUGAUGUUACCGUUUCUGCGUGGCUUGUGAACGCAGGUGUGCAUGCGGACGGUGGCGGGGCGAGUGACUGAUGCGCAUUUCCCAAGACCCUCCGGCUUCGCAAGCGCGUCAACACUCACCCCACUCGCCGUCGGCUGCCGUCGCCACGCAGCGAGUCUGUCUGACGCUGCUGCUCGUGUACAAGACAGAUCGGCCGAUGCGUCGACUGGCUGAUGCUGACCUGAGUCGCUUUCUCUGUCGCGUGAAUGCAUGACUGGCUGUGGAGAACUGGGUGUUUUUUCGGUCGGUCGUGUCAGCUGUCUGCAUCGUCACGUUGGCUGCGCUGUUCCGUUUGCUGUCUCUUCGAGCUGAGUGUGACGUUUGCUCUCGAGAGUUGCCUCAUCUUUCGUUGAUGCACACGUCUCACUCGGCCGACGCACAGACAGACAGGCGAACAGGCCAGCAACCACACACACAAACACCCUCAUACACACACGUGUCUUCCCCUCUGUCGUGUGUGGUACCUCCCUCAGUAAUCCAAGAGUGGCAGCAUGUGAAUGUGUUUGUCGUUUUGAGAUUGCCGAUGGCCGUGACAUGCACACAAGGGGGAGGUGCGAGUGCACAAUGGACUCAACACGCAGCAAUGUUUUCUCUUCCUUGCUCGAUUGGGUGACGGAUGUGCACAUGGAUGGAUGGAUGGAUGGAUGGGCGGAUGCGACGUGAAGAGCGCUUGUUGGUGUCCUGCCACUCGUGUCGAUACAAUACAUGCAGCUAAGCGAUCCUGCCUUGACGAUUUGCUGUGGGCUGUGUGUCUGCCUGUCGAUUAAGGGGCAUUUUGUAGUGAGUGGGUCGCAAAAAGACUGAUUUCUGCGUUGACCUGUCGGUUGUUCUCCUGCGUUUACAUCUGUUUUGCCACCUCUAUCUCACUGCAUCUAACUCGUGACGGAGCAACGCUAGAGCACCAGCACAGCGACAGUGUUGGUGUUGUCACGUUGCUGUGUCAUGGGUGCGAUGCAAUGAGGGAGGAUGGGAGGAAUGAAUGGAUGGAUGGAUUCUAUGGUGACUGAAUCAUCCAAACACUGGCGGAAUUCAAGCCGCAGGUGUAACACACACG